AUGUCGAAAACUCCAAUCAAGUACCUGCAUCUCUAUCCCGGCCAGGGCGGCGUUCAGAUCUUCCCGCAGACGGUGAAGCUAAACAAUGACACAGAACAUGUCGUUAACGCGGCUGGGACCUCGAGCUGCAUCACAACAGUUGGUGUGUUCAUGCCUAUGGAUGACAAGACCAACAAGUACUUCGUUGCGCACAUUGUUGCCAUCGUCGGAGCACCGCACGACAUGAGAGCAUGGUGCCCAGCUGUCUUACAUCCCACAGAAAAUUUAGUCAGCGAUGCUUUGAAGGAUGCAGUCAUCACUGCCUUGAAGGAGGAUCCCAUGAUCAAGCAGCAUUACCAGAAGGUAGCCAAGGCCGCCCGGGAGAAGCACGGUAUCAUCGUCUGCCCAGCAGUUACGCUCGGAAAGGAUGGCCCUGAUACCAAGUACACGACUGGCCACGACAUCAUUCGUGCAAUUCGGGAGUUUUUUGAGGUUCCAGCGCUGACGAUAUCCGGGGGCCAUGGCUUCUGUAGAGAAGGCGGCGAGGAUGGUGAAGUUCACCUCUUUGGAUGGAAGAGCGGUGACAACUUGACGUCUAUGGACUUCCGGCCUAUGCUGGAUGGCAGGGCGAGGCCGGGCGAGAAGCAGCCAGAGACCUAUGGCUGGCGGCCAUGUAACGAAGACGAGCGGGGGGAGAAUUCAGGUCGUGGGAUCAAGCAGUUCGCUGAAGUGCCAAGGGGUCCAUGGUCGUUCGUCUAUCGGGAUGGAAAGUGGCAGAGGAACGAUGCAGCGUUGUUUGAAGACCAGGAGGCGUGA